GAUUUUUCGCCAUCUUGUCUCUUGUCGACGCACAUCAUUCGACGUCAAACAAUCGACGACGGACGGCGACUGAUGUCCCACAUAUGAAACAACGAUGUUCAAUACAUGGCACAUGCCUGUCCAGGUCCAUGGUCUGUUCCCGUGUCAAUUCUUCAGGGUUCAUCCCAUCAUCGGCUGAGAAUUCUCCAUUCGACGACGUCGCAUAUUUCUUUCCCUCUCUCCACUACGGAGUCUUCUCUACGACCAACAAUCCACUCUCCUUCCAGGUUUCUAUACCAUUUCAACGUCGCUUAAACGGGUAGGGCAACCUUUCGUAUCUUUUUUUCCUCCUCAUUCACUUUCUGCCCUUGUCCUUGUUUGCCGCAGUUGAUCUUGGAAUCGCUGCUUUCUCCCUCCCCGGACCGAAAUCAUGCUGUGUCUCUCCCAAUAACAACAAUCAUGAUAAUAUGCUUCUACCGCGGCCGUCUCGAUUCCGUGGUCAAUGGCAUCGUCGAAGAUUCAGUCUCUUUGGCCAGUUUCUCCUGAUAUUCCUCCUCCUCCUCUACCUCCACUCUCGAUUUUACUCGAGCCCGACCCGGCAGACACCAAAGGCCGUCGUCCCGACUCCCGCGCCCCGUCCCACGAGCCCUCUCCUCAAAAGCCAGGCUUCCUUCUGGCGAGAUCUAUACCUCUUAAUCUUGAACAAUGACCCGAACUGUGACCAUCCACCGGACCCUGUGGUGCCUCAAAAGUUGGACAUUGGAUAUGAUCCCUCCCACAACCACCAAAGACCGGACAUACUGUUCAUGGAGUCCAAGGACAUCAAGCGCAUGAGGGAGGCCCAUUCCAACUUUAUAAAUGACAUGAAAAAGUCCACCCCGAAAAUGCCCUAUGAACCGGGCAGCCGGGGCCUGGUCAUGACCGCGGGGUUCAAACAACUCCCCGUCAUGGUCAUUUCCAUUCGCAUGCUGCGCAGGACGUGGUGCCUGUUGCCCGUCGAGGUGUUCGUGGCCGACCCGGACGAGUACGACGAGGAGAUUUGUACCAAGGUCCUGCCGACGCUCAAUGCCAAGUGUCUGGUGUUGCAGGACAUCUUCCGAGCCGCCGAGUCUGGCGUCGCCAUCGACCGCUUCCAGUACAAGAUCAUGGCCAUUCUCUUCUCGUCCUUUGAGGAGGUGUUGCUGCUCGACUCGGACGCCUUUCCCAUCUACAACCCCAUCACCAUAUUCGAGCAGGAACCUUUCAAGAGCACGGGCAUGAUCGUGUGGCCGGACUUUUGGUUCGCCUCGGAAUCUCCGUAUUACUUCGAGAUUGCCAAAAUCGACGAGGUCCCACCGCUGAACGUCAGGGCCUCGGUCGAGUCCGGUGAGCUGAUGUACUCCAAGUCCAAGCACAACAUGUCCAUCAUGCUGGCGGCGUACUACAACUACUACGGCCCGACUUAUUACUACCCGCUCCUCUCGCAGGGCGCCCCCGGCCAGGGUGACAAGGAGACGUUCGCCUGGGCGGCCGCCGCGCUGAAGGAGCCGUACUACGCCGUCCACGAACGGGUGAUGGCCCUGGGCCGGUUCGACUCCAACGGCCACUACCUCGGCAGCGCCAUGGCCCAGCACGACCCCAUCGCCGACUGGGUCUACACCAGGGUCAACGGCCCCCCCCACGAGCGGCUCGGGGAAGGGGAGGCCUCGACAGACUUCAACCCUUUCGACAUCAAACCGACCGAGGUCCGGCCGUUUUUCGUGCACGCCAACUUUCCCAAGUUCGACCCGGCCACGAUCUUUGGCCACCAGAUGCGCGGGUUCGAGGACGAGGUCACGGGCUCCGGCGGCCCGACGCACGACUCCAACGGGACCGCCGUGCGGUGCUGGAUGAGCGAAAGCCGCGCCAACGAGGUGUUUGGGUUCGACGUCGAGCGCGGCUUCUGGGAGGAGAUCAUGGGCACCGCCUGCGAGUACGAAGGCCAGUUCGGCUGUUGGAAGGGCCGGCACGGCAUCUGUGACCGGGUCAGGCACUAUUACCUCGAAGUGUUUCACGACCCACCUCGAGAUUCUGAUCGUCCAUGACGGACAGAUCCAACCCCUUCUCUCACCUUGGCCUUGAUCUUGAUCUGGAUCUGGAAAUUGGACAAUGACCAGAAUCCCCCCAAACGUCGAGGCCACCGGCUCCUCCUUGUCUUUUGGCUGAUAUUUUGGUGCGAAAUUCCGUCCGCGUCGGGUCGGUUGAUUGAUGGAUCGAUCGACUUUGUUUAUCUACACACAUACUCACUGCCGUUGAACAUCUAUAUACCUACGCACCUACGUACCUAGCUGAGCACCUACCUUUUCUAUUGGCAGCAGGGGAAGGGGAUCAUUACAAAGACCAGUCGAUGUCGUGUUGCGAUACACGUCUUUUUUUUUGGUUGGGUCACGAAGUCCAACGAGACACACGAAUGUCAAUGAAGCAUGAAUCAAUGUCUUUUUUUUCCAUCGUACUCUUUAGGAAUACACCGUAUCCAAUUCGUACGUACACGUAGGCCA